AUGCCAAAAAAUGAAAUAAAAAACCAAAUAUGGUCAGUAGAUUAUCGAAAGAUUCAAGCAGUCGUUGAAAAUAUUGAAGAAUUAGUUGGAAUAAUAAUAGAUAAUCAUAUUAUAUUGGAUGAUCAACGACAAGACUCGAUAUUACCAGUUGCACAAUCUCCGCUAAAUAUGACGCGUAUCAGAUUUCAUAGUUCGAUACCAUUCAAUGUUUUUGAUUUAAAAGAAAAUACACACACUAAUUUAUCAACAGAAAAUGGAAAUUUUAUAUGGAUGCAGUUACUUAUUGAAGUUUUAUUACGAAUGACUUCUUUAACAGGAACAAUAGAUGAAUUGUAUGGAAUGUGUCAUGAAUUUCUUUGUCGAGACGAAACUCAAUGGACAAAAAUCUGUGAAUUUAUAAAUAGCUAUAGACCAUCCAAUGCAAUUCAAUGGCACAUAAAAGAACCAUUUGUCUUUGAACUCUUAAAUAAAGUACUUCGUAGCAGUGAUAUCGAUAAAAUGAUUAUAUUACGUUUGCUAAUACGAGAUUUAUAUUAUCAACUACGAGAAGAACAAAAGAAUUUUCCAGAUACAAUUGUCACUGUAUAUCGCGGACAAGCAAUGGCAUUAAGAGAAUUAAAUAAACUAAGAACACACAUUGGUAAUCUCAUAUCUAUGAACAGUUUCCUAUCGACUAGCAAAGAUCGUGACGUAGCACGUAUGUUUGCUGAAUCGUCUACUGAUCCAAAUGACAACACACGCAAACGUAUUUUAUUUGAAAUUCAUGCUACUACUCGUCGAAUAGAUGCAAAGCCAUUUGCAGAAAUAAGUCAUUUUGGUUCAUAUACAGAUGAAAAAGAAAUCUUGUUUAUGUUGGGUUCAGUUUUCAAACUACAAAACAUAGUUUAUGAUGAAAACGAAAAGUUGUGGAUAGUGAAGCUUAUUUUAUGUGGAGAAAAUGAUAACGAAUUGAAAGAUGUAUUAAAAUCAAUGAAAAGUGAUAUAGCCGAGUGUCCAAAUCUAACUUCACUCGGUCUUCUUUUAAAGAAAAUGGGAAAUAUUGCCCGUGAAAAAGGAUAUUAUAAAGAAGCAUUAGAAAACUUGAAUAUGUCUCUUGAUAUCAAAUCAAAUUUAUCGUCAAUUGACAAAACAUCGGUGGGAGAUUUGUACAAUGAUAUUGGCACUGUUUACAAUUAUAUACCAGAUUAUAGCAAGGCACUUGAAGCUUAUCAACAAGCUCUUAAAUAUAAAUUAGAAAGUGUUGGACAUGAUCAUUUAACAACUGCAUCUAUAUAUGACAAUAUGGGUACUAUUUAUAGAGCACCAAUACAAAUACGAUUUGGCAUUAAAGAGCCAUAG